AUGAUAAGAACUAAUUAUGGAACAAAUUUUCAGUUAUUAUUGAUAAUAUUCAUUCGUUCAUUACCAAAUAGUAUAUAUUUAACAGUGAUAUCAUUAUUAGAUUGCUUAUUAUGCAUCGUUUAUAUAUUAUUGUUUGGAAUUGAUGCAAGCCUUGUUUUCCUAAAAAAUGAAACAUUAUUUAUCGCUUAUCACACCUAUAUAAUACCCGUAUUUAUAAUAAGUCGAAUAACACAAUUCGCUAUGCCUUAUAUGCUUAUUUUGGCGACAUUUGAGCGAUUUUUGUGGACAGUCGGCAAGCGAACGAGGUUAUCUCCUUUUUUACAUUUUUUAAUCGACUUUUUUUCUAAAUUUUCUAUUGAAUUAAUAAUGAAACUAAUUAAUUUACAGGUGAAAUCAUUCUUGAAUUGUUCGGAUUUUUUUCGAACGAUGUCCGUUUCACCAACGAAUUGGGCAAUCGACAAUAAAGCAUAUUAUAUUUUUGAUUUCCAUGUGAUAUCCUUUAUUCAAACUUUACUUCCAUUUAUAAUUCUUAUUUGGCUAAAUGCAUUUAUCAUCUAUGAAGUUUUAAAAAAAUCGCGGACAUCAAAUGCAUCAAAUGCGCCGAUCAAACAGCAGUAUUCGUCUACAGAAGUACCAACGAGAAGGUCGGUAGAAAUUCAAGAAAAUUUACUAAUUAUGCAAAUUACAACUCAAAUUCUUCGACAAAUAGUUUAUAAAAGUCAAAGGAAUAAUAGAAAGCAAGAAUUAAAAAAUGCGAUUCAUACGAUGAUAGCAAUCGUCAGCUCGUAUCUUAUAUGCAAUACUUUGCAUUUGCUAUUAACCGUACUCGAACGAACUGGUUCGGAUGUCUUAGUCGACGAUGCAGAUCCAAAUAUUAGCUCGAGUUUUUAUAUAGCGUUUUCGGACACAGUAAGCUUUUGUUAUAUGUUUGCGAGCGCUAUACGAAUUAUCAUUUAUUCCAAGUGUAAUCAUACAAUUCGUAAUAAUAUCAAAGAAUUUCUUACAGAAUUCAAAACUUUUAAACGCUUUUUUUGUAUAAUUAAAAGUAACCAUCGUGGUGGCAUUCACAUUUAA